UCUUUCUUUGUUUUCUAUUGACUUGACUUCGAUUUUUGCAUUCAGUGCACAAAGAAGCCGUAACACUUCUUCCCUCCACCCUAUAGUUUAAAACAAUGGCGGCGUCCUCUAACUACUACUGUGCCUUACUCAAACUCUGCUGCGAAGCCCGGAAGGGAACCCAUGCUAAGAAGCUCCACUGCAACAUAAUCAAAACCUUGAUAGACCCAGAAACCUUUCUAUCAAACAACCUCAUGAACACCUACAGUAAACUAGGCAACAUAGAAUAUGCGCGCCGCGUGUUCGAUCAGAUGCCCCACCCAAACCCCUUCUCCUGGAACACCCUCCUUUCCGCUUAUUCGAAAUGGGGUCAUCUCACGGAAAUGCAAUUAAUCUUUGAUCGAAUGCCAAAUCAAGAUGGGGUUUCGUGGAAUUCGCUUAUUUCUGGGUACGCGUGUUAUGGUUCUCUUUUUCAGUCGGUGAAGGUUUAUAAGCUGAUGUUGAAGGAUGGAGCAGUUAAUUUGAAUCGGAUUACGUUUUCGACUAUGCUUAUACUGUCAUCGAAUCAGGGGUGUGUUAAUUUAGGCAGACAGAUUCAUGGGCAAAUAGUGAAAUUUGGUUUCCAGUCGUAUGUCUUUGUGGUUAGUCCUUUAGUGGUCAUGUACUCGAAAAUGGGGUUAAUUUAUGAUGCAAAGCAGGUUUUCGAUGAGAUGCCUGAAAGGAAUGUGGUUACGUAUAAUACUAUGAUCACGGGCCUUUUGCGAAGUGGGAUGAUUGAAGAUUCAAAGCGGUUAUUUUGGGGUAUGAAGGAAAGAGAUUCGGUUUCAUGGACAACCAUGAUAACAGGACUUACUCAGAAUGGGUUGGGCAGAGAAGCGAUAGAUAUGUUUAGAGAAAUGAGGUUGGAAGGUUUAGAUAUGGAUCAAUUUACUUUUGGUAGUGUGUUGACUGCUUGUGGGGGUCUGCUUGCCCUGGAAGAAGGCAAGCAGAUUCAUGCUUAUAUAAUUAGGACUGAUCAUAAGAAUAAUGUGUUUGUUGGUAGUGCUCUUGUUGACAUGUAUUGCAAAUGUAAAAGCAUAAAAUCUGCCGAAACAGUUUUUGUGAGAAUGACCAGUAAGAAUGUUGUAUCAUGGACUGCAAUGCUAGUGGGUUAUGGUCAAAACGGGUACAGUGAAGAAGCUGUUAGGAUUUUUUGCAAUAUGCAGAAAUAUGGGAUUGAGCCAGAUGAGUUUACACUGGGGAGUGUAAUUAGCUCAUGUGCAAACUUAGCAAGCUUAGAAGAGGGUGCCCAAUUUCAUGCUCAUGCUGUUGUUUCUGGCUUGAUCUCUUUUAUUACAGUUUCCAAUGCGCUUGUUACGCUGUAUGGUAAAUGUGGAAGCAUUGGAGAUUCCUGUCGGAUAUUCAAUGAUAUGGAAAUUAAGGAUGAAGUCUCGUGGACUGCAUUGGUUUCAGGGCAUGCCCAAUUUGGAGAAGCCAAUGAGACGAUUGAUCUGUUUGAAAGAAUGUUGGCUCAAGGUUUGAAGCCUGAUGGAGUUACUUUCAUUGGGGUCCUUUCAGCUUGCAGUAGAGCAGGAUUUGUGGAGAAAGGACAUCACUAUUUUGAAUCAAUGAUAAAAGAACAUGGAAUAACACCGAUUGCAGAUCAUUACACUUGCAUGAUUGACCUUAUUAGCCGAGCUGGAAGAUUGGAAGAAGCAAAAACUUUUAUAGAUAAGAUGCCUGACCAUCCUGAUGCAAUUGGUUGGGCCACCUUGCUUAGCUCCUGUAGAUUCCAUGGUAACAUGGAAAUAGGGAAAUGGGCAGCUGAGAGACUUGUGGAAUUAGAGCCCCAGAACCCAGCGAGCUAUGUCUUGCUCUCAAGCAUGUAUGCUGCAAAAGGGAAAUGGGACAAUGUGGCCCAAUUAAGAAGAGGAAUGAGAGCUAAGGGAGUGAGGAAGGAGCCGGGAUGUAGUUGGAUCAAAUAUAAGAACAGGGUGCACAUAUUUUCAGCAGAUGACCAAUCAAGUCCAUUUUCAGAUGAGAUAUAUUCUGAGCUUGAGAGAUUAAAUUGCAAAAUGAUAGAGGAGGGGUAUGUUCCAGAUAUGAGGUCUGUUCUUCAUGAUGUUGAGGAGUCAGAGAAGAUAAAGAUGCUUAGCCACCAUAGUGAGAAGCUUGCUAUUGCCUUUGGGUUGAUUUUUGUCCCUCCUGGCCUUCCCAUACGAGUGUUUAAAAACCUUAGGGUCUGCGGGGAUUGCCACAAUGCCACAAAAUAUAUUAGUAAGAUAACCCAGAGAGAGAUUCUUGUUAGAGAUGCUGCCCGAUUCCAUUUAUUUAAAGAUGGAACAUGUUCGUGUGGAGAUUUCUGGUGAUGGGAUUCGAUUUUCCAAAUAUGUUUAGUGGUAGAGAACAACGGCUAUAAUACUUCGAUUCCACAGAUGCAUUGAGAUGUCACUGGGUUGAUCGAAUCAACAAUAUUGUAAAGAACAUCUCCGUGAUUUAGAAAACAAGUAGAGGUUACCUAUGGUGCAACCAACGGUCAUGAUUUUGAAUUUCUUAAGGGCCCAACUUUUUUUCACAAGGAGAGAUCGAUGUUGGGUGGAUCCGAGUUCCUUAGCCUAUGCCUUCUGUGAUUUGAAAAGGCCCAAAGAGCCGAAGUCCCGAUUGCUGAGGUUUUUGGAAGAAAAGGGAGCAAUUAUGGAAAGUUCGAGCAUAAAGGACAAAGUUGGGAAAAAGCUAGAAGUCUUGGAUCAAAAGGGAGCGCACUGUACCUAGGCUCGAGCGCACCAGAGCCCUAGCUAAGGAGCAAGCACAUGCAUGCGCUCUUGCACACAAGAAGAAGCAUCAAUCGCAACUGCGAUCGAGCACAACAGAAGAACGAUCGAGCGUAGCAGAAGAAUGAUCGAGCACAGCAGAAGAACGAUCAGGCUAAGAUUGAGUGCACUCGGGCGUUGGAGAAAAUUCAGAUGCAGCAAGACUCCUUUUCCUUCCCAAACUUGGUUUCCCAAGUCCUAGUUGAACUAGGACUUUAAACCUAUGAGUUUACUAGGGUUCCUAGGACUUAUAGGGUUUUUGUAAGCCUAUAAAUAGACCUUUAGGCGUCUAGGAAAAAACACACAAUCUUGAGAGGAGAAUUUGGAGGCUACUUCUAGGAGUUGUUUUUGGUUCUUUCUUCUCCCUUUAUUUUAAUUAUGUGUAACUAA